GAUGCAUCACUCCAGAAGCAGAAAAAUGAUAGUCCCUCGCUCUGGCAAUAGAACACCGCGCUCAUAAAAUUCGAAUUUGCAAAUCACAGCUCUCCCUCUCCCUCCUCCUCUCUCUACACUUUCUGAGGAACAAUGGAGGAAGAAGGCACGAUCUUGAAGCUCACCCUGGAGAAAGGCCCGAGAGAGGGCGAAGCCCUUGAAUUCCGACCUGGAUCCGUGGUUCGAAUCGGGCGGGUGGUCCGCGGCAACACGCUCGCCAUCAAAGAUGCCGGUGUGUCCUCCAAGCACCUCUCCAUCGAGUCGAAAGAGGGAAAAUGGGUGGUCACCGACCUUGACUCCUCGAACGGCACCAUUUUGAACGGCUCGGCCCUCCGUGCGCUGAGCCCCGCUGAGCUCCGAGACGGCGAUGUCGUCAAGAUCGGCGAGUUGACGUCCAUCAAGGUCUCGAUCGAGGCAGCCCUUAGGCAUGAUGCUCCACCGCGGCGGAACCCUAGGAGGCGUCUGGGGAAGGCGGAGUUGGCUUCGAUUGGGGAAGAUAGUGAGUUAGGGUUAGGGUUUGGUGGGGAAUUGGGGAAUGGGGCGGCGGCGGAGAACCGGAGAGGGCGAGGUCGGCCAAGGAGAGGUGGGGCCGUGGAGAGUGAGCCUGAAGAAGGGACUGUUGAGGCUGUGAAAGUUGAAGAAUUCGAGAAUUUAGGUCCAAAAGCGGUUGUGCCGAAACAGGGGAGGCAAGUAAGUACCAGGAGGACUCGAAGUUCGAAGCGUAAAGAGGAUUCAACUGUAGACGGAAAUGCUUGUCAAGAACUAGAGAUUUCAGCCCAGCUUGUUGGUAGAUUGACACGGGGAUCUUCGAGGAGGAUGAAGAAGAAUUUAGAGAAUGAGGAACCGGUAAGCAUCAAUCAUGAGGUCUUGGAAGUGAAGGAAGACAGGGAUGAGUUGAAUGUGGGCCAAGAAGAGUGUGAAAAAAUCGACAGGAAUUUGGGGCAAGAAGAGUGCAAAGGAAUUGAAGAGAAAUUAGUCAAGAGGCAGCUGGAAACUGAUCGGGCUGGGUCUUUGGAGGACAAUGAGGUGUCGAGGAGGUCAAAUUUGGGGGGACAUGAAUGUGAAGGUCUGGCAACUGCAUCGGGGAAUAAGGGGAGUGGAGUUGAGGCUGGAGUUGUGCCGGAUUUGGAGAAGAUGACACUUGGAGAAUGGUUUGAUUAUUUGGAGGUCUAUUUGCCGAAACAGAUUCAUGAUAAGACUGAAGAGAUUAUUUUAGAAAUGAAUCAGAUGGCAGAGCGAUUUCAUGAGUUCACUUCGAAGCAAAAAAAUGAAAAGGAGAAGGGUAAGCUGCCUAUGGGGUAGGUGGAAGAUUGAAAAGAGCGCCUUGAACCAUCUGCAGUUUUGUGGAACAUUGCUGCAUGAAUUUUUGAAGGGUUCAAUAUGCUUGGAGGGAUAUCAGGAUCAGUAGAUCAGAUGACUCAGACUGAUUGGGAUCAUGCAAUACAUACAAUUGUAUGACAUUGCCCUUUGGCAACGUGUGUCAUAAUCCUUUGUGGUAUUCACUUCUCUCAAUGACCCUCUCUGUAUCUAGUUUGGUUUAUGCUUUAUAUCCUGGAAUGGGAUCUACAUGGUAGCGUUUUUCAAGUACACCAGCUAAUGGUGAAACCAGAGGCCUUGUGAAUGGGGUGGAUGAGUGCGGUCUGUCUCCUUCAAAUUGUCUGGUUGGCUUGCGAAUCAAUCACCCACAAGCAUGACUGUCUUUUUCGGAAAUAAUCUGGUUAGUCCGUCCUUGAUCGAUGCCAUCUUGCCGUCGGAACUUCUAGAAACCUACCAAGAUGAUAUUUAAUAGUAUACCUUUGUCUUGGCCUAAUGAACAGUUCAAAUGCCUCUCAAUUUUUUGUUGUAACGUGUAGCAAAGAUGCAUUCUGGAUGGAAAUAUGCAUUUUCACUUCUUGUUGUUCUGAUAUGAUAUGAAUCUUCUGUUGGAUUGCAUGAUCAUUAUCAUGAUGCAAAUUGGGUGUCUUACUCUUAAAAACACUUUCUGUAUAUACAUAUGUACUGGACUACAUGGAAAGUUGUGUUCUUUUGGCAUGGUGGUAUAUAAAUAUUACUGGGCAACAUGACA